CCCUUCAGUGAAGAUGAUGUCGGUGGCGAGGGUAACGGUGCUCAUGGUGGCCGCUGUGAUGGGACAGCUACAAGCAGAUCUUCCGCCCGGUAUCACCUCCUCCUGCGGUAACCACACCCUGACGGUGUUUGUGGCCAGAGAUGUGUUGGCUGGCGCCCCAGCCUCUGCCCUGCGGCUGGGAAACUGCCCGGCUUCAGACACCAGCUCCCUCCAAGUUCUCCUCUUCCAGUAUGGGCUGCAGGACUGCGGUGCAGUGCGCCUGACGACCGGCAAGGAGGUAACUUUCACAAACUACCUGAAGUUUGGCGAUGGACCUACCUCUGGGAUAAAACGACCCGACGUGCGCCUGGAAUGUGUCUACCCAGUGAAUGAGGUACCAAUGUCUCUGACAACAAUUCCAACAACUGGAGUUCUAGCUGGAGAUGGAAAUCUGAUAUUUUCCAUGAUGAUAAUGGCUGAUGAUUGGACUGCUGAGCGACCAAAUUCCCUCUUCUUCUUGGGAGCUUCGAUUAACCUGGAAGCCUCUGUUCUGGCCCCGUAUCAUCAGGCCCUUCGUCUCUAUGUACAGGAAUGCAUUGCCACACCAACAAGCUCACUGGCCAUGUCUCCAGAGAAUUAUACCAUCAUAACCAAUCAUGGAUGUCUUGUUGAUGGAAAAACUGGAAAUUCCAAGUACUUGCCCAGACAAGAUGGUGCGGUCCUUCAAUUUGUUGUGCAGGCAUUCAAAUUCCUCAGUCUGGAGGAUGCUGAAAUUUUUAUACACUGCAAAGUCAUGGCAUGGGACCCUAGUUGGGAUGAUCUUGUGCAUAAAGCAUGCUCAUUUGACCAGCAAACACAAAGUUGGCAGCUCCUGGAUGCCCCAUUACAAAGUUCCUUGUGUGACUGCUGUAAUUCAAUCUGCCAGUCUCGCCACAAACGAGCCACAGAGCCAGAAACUAGUGUUGGCCAUGUAAUCAAAGUGGGUCCCAUGAGAAUUCUCAGUAAGCAACAUGGAUCCACAACUUUAGAAAAUCAAAGGGUUAUGCUCCUGGCAACGCCCCUGUUGGCUUGUUUUUUGGGAAUUGUUUUCCUAUUUCUGUAUAAAUGGAAGAUCAGGAAUGUGCACCACAGCUGUUGAAGUGGCAAAAGCUGUAUUGGUUAACUGGAUCCUAACUGCUUGAUGUUGGUGCUUAACUUGAAUAAAGAUACAUUUUGCAGAUGUGCA